GAGUGAUGAAAAGUGCCAAUUUCCAGCUUACUUCCAAUGCCCGAUUCCUGAAUCAUCUCUCUCCCAAGCAACUCCUUCAACUCCUAAAAGCAGAAAAGGAUUCCCGGUCCGCCCUAGACCUAUUCGACUCCAUCUCUCGCCACCAUCCAAAAUACAUAUAUUCCUCCGAUGUCUUCCAUCACAUUCUCCGACGACUCAUCGAGCCAAACCUCGUCUCUCACGUCGCUCGAAUUCUCGAUCUCAUCCGAACCCAAACCUGCAAAUGCUCCGAAGAUGUUGCACUAUCUGUCAUUAAAGCUUACUCAAAGAACUCAAUGCCUGAUCAAGCACUUGAUGUUUUCCAGAAAAUGAAUGAGUUCUUCGGUUGUGAGCCAGGUAUAAGGUCGUAUAAUUGUGUAUUGAAUGCAUUUGUUGUGGGUAAUCGUUUGGAUAAAGCGAAUUUGUUUCUCAGAUAUUAUAGAACUAAAGGGUUGUUGCCGAAUGUGGAAACUUAUAAUGUUUUAAUUAAGAUUUCUUGUAAGAAGAAGCAAUUUGAUGAGGCGGAGGAGUUGUUAAAAAGGAUGUGGAUUGAUGGUCUUAAUCCUGAUGUUCUUAGUUAUAGUACUUUGGUUAAUGGUUUAGUGAAAAAUGGGAGAAUAUUGAAGGCAUUGAAGGUGUUUGAUGAAAUGCUUGAAAAAGGGGUUGCUCCUGAUAUUGUGUGUUAUAAUAUAUUAAUUGAUGGGUGUCUUAAGUGUGGUGAUUAUACUCAGGCUGAGGAUGUUUGGAAGAGGUUGAUACGCGAUCCAUCUUUAUGUCCAAAUGUUGUCACGUAUAAUAUUAUGAUUAGUGGUUUAUGUAAGUGUAAAAAGUAUGACGAAAGUUUGGAGUUUUGGGAGCGUAUGAAGAGAAACGAUGUGCAGCUUGAUCUGCUUACUUAUAGUAGUUUGAUACAUGGAUUAUGUGAGUAUGGAAACAUUGAUGGAGCUUCGAGAGUGUAUAAGGAGAUGAUUGAUAACGGGUGUUGUCCUGACGUGGUGGUGUACAAUACACUGCUUAAUGGGUAUUGUCAAGCUGGGAAGUUGAGUGAUUGUUUUGAGUUGUGGGAGUUAAUGGAUAGGAAAGGUUGUCGAAAUCUUAUUAGCUUCAAUAUAUUCAUAAGAGGAUUGUUUGAUAAUGGAAAAGUGGAAGAAGCAAUUUCUGUAUGGAAAGACUUACUGCUUCAAAAAGGUUUUGUUCCAGAUUCCAUGACUUAUGCGGUUUUAGUAAAUGGUUUUUGUAAGAAUGGCUAUUUAAGUAGGGUUUUAUGUUUCUUAGAGGAGACAACUAAAGAUAAAGGAGACAUACUAAAUGCUUCUGCAUAUUCCUCCAUUAUCAAAGCUUUAUGUCAAGAAGGAAAGUUAUAUGAAGCAGUUAUUAUGCUGGGAAAAAUGAAUAAGCCUGAUUCCCAUGUCUACAAUGCACUAAUCAAUGGUUUUGUACGAGCUUCAAAGCUCAAAGAUGCAAUUGCUAUUUUCAAACAAAUGACUGCUUCUGAUUCCCCCCCAACAACGGUUACCUACAACAUCCUCAUAAAUGGGUUUUGUAAAAAAGAGAGAUUUGAUGAAGCAUAUCAUUUUGUGAAGGAGAUGCUGGAGAAGGGACUGAAAGCCGACAUGAUUACAUAUAGCUUACUGAUGAAUGGUCUCUUUGCAAAUAAGAAACUGGACAUGGCGUUAAACUUGUGGGUUCAUGUCAUCAGCACGGGGAUAAAGCCUGAUGUGAAAAUGUAUAAUAUAUUGAUUCAUGGGCUAUGUUCAAAUGGGAAAGUGGAAAAUGCAUUGUGUUUGUAUUUUAAAAUGGGAAGGAGUAGUUGUCCUCCAAAUCUUGUGACUCAUAAUACAGUGAUGGAGGGGCUCUAUAAAUUGGGAGAUUGUCAAAAGGCUUUGAUUAUUUGGUCACGCAUUUUGGAACAGGGGCUACAACCGGAUAUUAUCUCGUAUAAUAUUUCUCUAAAGGGGCUUUGCUCGUUUAAUAGAAUAUCAGAAGCCCUUAUGUUCUUGGAUGAUGCUUUAACAAGGGAAAUUUCUCCUAGUGUUGUUACAUGGAACAUACUUGUCAGGGCAGUAACUUGUAAGACUUUACAAAACUAGGUUUAAAUUCUGUUGGUUACAAUUUAUCAAGCCUCGGAAGAUUCAAUGUGAAUCUUUUGAGUAAGAGAAGUUGGAUCAUCGGUUCAUUGAACUGAAAGAAUCAGUUUUCAAGAUCAUUGCACGAGCAUCAGUUCAUUAGAUUUGUUUGACCUCCGACUAUCAUGCAGGAAUGAAAUUGGCUCAGUAAAGAUGGAUAAGAACUUUGGGCCGCGAGACUGGAGGACCUUAUCUCUCGGGAUUGUUCUUGCGCCUUCGAAUUAAGGCGUCGUUUAUGAAUGGGUUUGGAAGAUACAAAGAUUGCUGACAUUUCAAAGCCUUUUUACGAAGGAAAUGGUACAGUCUAGUCCUUCAAAUGUCGAUAAUUGAACACGCACUCGCCCCCUCACAACCUAAUGCUCCCAUGUGGUUUUAAUUUUUUUGUCGAAAUCUAAGGCUGUUGUAGAUGUUCAGCAGGUCCUAAUGGAUAACUUUAGUGAUGUUGGCAAUUACAAAUUUGACAAAAA